AUGGACGAUUUUUCAACGCCACACCAUCCAAACACUUUCGGGAUACCCCCGUCGCCAGCAAAUUUCAUCCGACCCGGGAAGCGACCGAUGAGCAGCCAAAGUCCUCUGAUCAUCUUCGACAAAACGCCCGGAAGAAAAGCUAAGACUCUGAAUCUUGCACCGGCGAAACCAACAUACAUGUAUGCCAAAAUCAAAGAAGAGAUAGCUCAACAAAGCUCAAUAACC